CUAAGGGAAGAAAGGAAGAAGACGUGGAGGUAGUGACAUCAACGACAGUUCAGGCGCGUGCGAUGCAAUCACAGCCGCCUCAGGAUUCAACUUACUAUUACUUCUUUUACGGCGAUAGUGUGCCCGGACCGAGUUUAGAGGGUGCAGAAGAAAUGAGGGUGGAGGAUAAUAGGGCGGUUGAAAGGAAGGUGUUUGAGGAAAUGCCGAGAAGAGAAGAGGAAGAAGAGGCGGUGGAGGAGAAUAUGGGGGAGGAGGAAGUAGUUAUGGAGAAAGGACAGAAGGCAACAGUGGAGGUGGAGACGCCGGUGCCUAUGGCAGCUGGGCCGGGAAAGUUAGCAAAAGGCUGCGAAAGUGGGGUUUGGUAGUACGGUAGAGAAGAGGUUGGGGA